CGAAGCUACAAAGCUUUUGCGUUCAUGCUCUUAAAUAUAAUUUGCAGUGGGCGUGGAGCGAUACAUGCUGCAUCGACAAAGACAGCAGUGCUGAGUUGCAAGAGGCGAUUGGGUCUAUGUUUUCAUGGUAUCGUCGGUCGUCCUUGACGCUUGUUCACCUCUUCGACAUCUCCGACGCUGGUUCACUUGUCGACAGUGUCUGGUUCAAACGAGGCUGGACCCUCCAAGAAUUGUUGGCUUCACAAACUAUCUUGUUCUAUACACGCGGGUGGUCGCUCUACAUGAACUGUGACGUCGGAGAUCACAAAGCAGAUCCCGCCGUGCUUGGAGAGCUUCAGAAGGCAACGGGAAUAGCAGAAAAGCAUCUUCGGGACUUCUCUCCUGGCACGGAUGACGCGCGAUCCAGACUCCACUGGGCAUCAGGCCGCAGCACCACUCGGGUAGAAGAUGUUGCCUACUCUCUUCUCGGAAUCUUUGACAUUCACUUACCCAUCCUCUACGGUGAAUCCGCAGAGUAUGCACUCGGACGUCUCCUGGCAGAGAUCAUAUCGCGUUCGGGAGACGUUUCGGUUCUAGAUUGGGUCGGGAAGGCAUCCUCAUUCAAUAGUUGUUUCCCUGCCAACCUCGUGCCAUACCAGACGGUACCCCACAUCCAACUGAUCCCCAGCGACCCUGCUAGACGCGAUAACCUGGAUCUUGAAAAGGCACAUAAAUUGUACAGUAGCCUUGCAAGACUACCGCGUGCUGGAGUUGUCAAUAGGAGGCUUACAUUACCCUCUGCCGUCCACCAAGUUACGGCGGUCAAAUUGCGAAGUCCCUCGAUUAGCCCCUCAUGCUACCCAUACGAGAUUCAUGCAUCGCACCUGCUGCCCCUCGAGGUCACACUGUCGGUUACCCUUGACGAGGGUGUCGAUAGAUACAUUCUUGUACGUCCUUGGCAUCUACAAGAGCUCCCAACGCAGACCGGUAGCGAUGACGAUGCUGUGUGGGAGCUGCUGGAACAGCUUAAGCAGCCAUUCAACGCACUUCUACUCAAGAGGUUACUUCACAACGAGUACAGGAGAAUUGCAGGCGACUGUGCGAUUACUGCUUGUGUUCAGGAUCUGGCCGGUGUCUUAGACAGUGAAGUGUUGGUCUUGGGGAUUGUAUAGGUCGUGCCUAGCACUCAUGUGUCCACAUUUUUUAUCGAGAGAAAUACGAUGCUCUGACUCUGUAUGGAAC